AUGUAUCGCCCAAACGACGUGUCCGGGUGGCGAGACUGCGCGCAGACCGUGUUCGUGCAGUCUCGGAAGAGGGGCGUGUACCAGUAUGUGGGUGAAUACGCGCUGUCGCGCGCGCCGCCACUCUCCGUGGCAGAGUUCAAGACGUGGACGCCUAAGGUGGGGUUUCCAUUUUUGAAGAAGACGUGGGCGACGUGCAUCUGCGAUCGCGCCAAGUUCCACGAGAUAUGGGCGAGAGUCGUCCUGCGCGACCGCUUCGGCCGGGCACCAACAGCACAGGAGAUGAAGACCGAGAUCGAGGCUCGUACGGCAAGGCAGAUGGCUACUCGGGAUGCUGUUGGCUCAAGCAAAGAAAAGAGGAAGUCGAUUUAUGAUCCCACAGACGUCGAGAAGAUCGUCAAGGCGUACGAGGACGGCGACGAGGAAAUGGGCGUGUGGAACAUGGAUCUUGCAGGCUCCACCGAUACGUAA